ACCGUGUCUCCCCAUUUUCUAUAUUUUCUCCAGUUCUACUUCUGUUUUUUUAUUUCUCUCCUUAAUUAAUAAUAAUAAUUUCUUUCAAAUAACCAUAACUCUAAGAUUCUCAUAAUUCAUCCUCUAAUUCUUCAAAUGGGUGAGGAAAAGGAAAAAAUCAAAGUUGAGAAGAAGAAGAAUGAAGCCGGGAAAAAGUCGGCCGGCGGUGGGAAAAACGCCGACGACAACAGCGGCGGUAUUGCAACUAUUCUGUUGAAGCUAGAUUUGCAUUGUGAAGGUUGUGCUCAAAAAGUUAGACGUUCCGUUCGCCACUUUGAAGGUGUGGAAGACGUGAAGGCGGAUGCCAGUACUGGAAAAUUGACUGUGAAAGGGAAUGUGGAUCCGUUAUGGCUCCGGGAGAAAGUGGAAAGUAAGACUAAGAAGAAGGUGGCGCUCCUCUCUGCUCAGCCCAAAAAGGUUGCCGCCGGCGAGAAAAAAUCCGAUGAGAAGGUUGAGAAAAAGGCAGUAGAGGAGAAGAAAAAAUCCAAUGCGAAGGUUGAGAACGAGGCAGUAGAGGAGAAGAAAAAAUCCGAUGAAAAAGUUGAGAACAAGGCAGCAGAGGAGAAGAAAGGAGUAGAUAAAAAACCCAAUAAGGUUCAAUGUAACAAUGAGGUAAUUCAACAGCAUUGUAACGGACCUGUACAAAAAUUAAAGCGAUUUCUUAUAAAGAAAUUGAAACGUAAUGUUUCUGUUGUUCGACAAAAGAAAGGUAAUGAAUCAUGCAGCCGGUAUGAUAACAAGAAGAACAGAGAAAUGGUUCGCGAUGGGAAAAAGAAACACAGCGCAUCGUGUUCUACAGUUGCAAGUAGAAGUACAGAGCCAAAAGAGCAAAAGACAGAGGUGAUGAACAGCAAAAAAGAAUGUCACCAUGGUGGUUACAUUAAUCCAAAUAUGUGCAAUCAAAAUCACUGGAAUCAAAACUAUGGCGCAACAAUACAGGAUCACCACGGUUACUACGGUCUCAGUGUUGGAUAUAUGCCCCCACCACCAUACAUAACUGCAUUUCAUGAUCAUGGUUAUGGAUUUAGAACUGGAUAUGUGUCGCCACGACACUUUACUGCACCGCGUGAUCAUGAUCAUGGUUGUAGCUAUGGUUAUGGUCAUUCUGGGUAUGUACCACCACCAUACUCUGCACCUCAAUAUUUCAGCGAUGAAAAUCCUAAUGCUUGCUCCGUCAUGUGAACAUACAACACCUUGUUGAAGGGAAGAUCAGUUUAAGCUUAAAUGAAGAAUACAACAGUUCGUAUAGUGUAUACGAUAUCAUAGUUUUUGAGGUUUAAUUUGAUUUCAAUUUUUCAGUUUCAUGUUUUCUUUUACUUUGUGGCAAUUACAUUCAUUCGUUUAUUUGUGUCGUAGUGACAAAAAAUUAGUGAUUUCAAAUCACGUCCAUUAAGGGUAUGAUUGGGGUCACGCAUAUAUUAGUUUUUGUUUUCUUGUUUUAAGGCUUCUUAAAUUAGUGAUGGUUUUGGAUUAA